CCCCGACCCUUUCUUUCCUUUCUUCUCUUGUGUACCCUCUUCUACCGACCCAGGCUGGUCAAUCUCUCUUUUCUCUCCUCACCUUUUCAAUUCACUCCUUGUCAAUCUCGAGCCGGCCUCUAUCUCUUCACCUCGACUCGCUGCUUCACGCUUUGAACUUGUACCUCAGUCGCUCUCCAAGAUGAUGUUUUUCGGCAAUACCCCGCGUGACCCCGCGGUCGCUGAGAAGAAUGCGCACUCAAUCACUUUUUAUCUGCGUCGCAACCAGCCUCCGCCUAUGAUGCCCAUGGAGCUAUCCGGACAUGUGUCUCCCGAUUCCUGGGCGAGUCGUCUGUUCACACUCAACAGAAUGUGUGCCCAGUACCACCGCCCUAUCUUCGAAGCUAUCUGGUUGAUCAUGGGAGUGAUCGCAUCCAUCGCCGUUCCUGCCGUCGCCUACCGUCUGAUCUUCAACUCGCUCAGGGAUCCUGAUGACAUCUUCAAUCGUCGCGAAGAGGGUCCCUUCUUCCAGGCUAGAGUCGCUUCCCUCGGUGUCUUCGUUGGGGUCUGCCUCAUCUUCUUCGUCCCCUUAUUCCUGUGGAAGAGGAUCGGUCAGAAGAGAGUUGACUCGAUGGUUCGGAGGUGGGGACACGAUGACGUGAGAGUCAAGGGGCAGGGGGAGUUCAUUCCGGUGUGGAAGGUUAAUAUGCCAGGCGUGUUCAGUACGCAAGCGGAGUUGAUACUUUCCCUUCCCGCGAGCCACCCAUCUAACUUCCACCCCGCUGCAUACCUACCAUCAUGGAUCAAUGCGCCCAUCGACGAGAAGGCACCCGCGUACUACCAGUCCAACGCCGCCUCCACAUUCCCCCUCAACGGACCCAACGGUAUGGCAGUUAACGACGGCAUCCCACUCUACCUUGACGAUAAGGCACCCGCGUACUACCGCGCAGACGAGAAGGUCUAGGACGUCCUUUUCAGCGUCACCAAAGCUUAGUGUUAGGCUACAGGACAUUGAGCUACCGCUGCUUUAUUUAAAGGACAUUCUUGUACAGAUAGAUAUCGAUGACUUGUAGCUUCUCCUUCCUGGGGUGGUCCGGGACCAUUCCUUGUAUAUACAUUUUGCUCCUCCGACAUGCUCUAUCGCAGUUGCUGCCCGCGUUGUCCGACCUGUACAGACGAAGCGAUGUCGGCCGUAACGACGAGUGCGGCGGUAUUUUUAGAUUUGACGAGAUAGAGCGAGUUGUCCACUAGUGUGGGUUUUCACUCUUCUGCAGCCCAAUGAAUAGGCAUGGUGCUUCCUGCCGAUCACAGCUCGAGCCCCUAUCCGCACGAUGG